AUGGGAUACAAGCUGCAGGACCUCACCGAUGUUCAGAUCAUGGCUCGUCUACAGGAGGAGAAUAAACUUCGAAGAAGCAUGCCUAACCUCGCUCGGAUGCCAAGUACGCCCACCAUUAACAGUAAUGCUGGCUUUGCUAGUUCUCCAGUCACUGUGAGGAACAGUCAGAGCUUUGACUCCAAUUUGCAUGGAGCGAGCAAUGGGAUUUCAAGGAUGCAGUCGUGUAUUCCAUCACCAGGACAGCUUCAACACAGAGUUCACAGUGUGGGACAUUUUCCAGUGUCUGUCAGACAGCCUCUCAAAGCUACUGCUUACGUAAGCCCAACCGUGCAAGGUGGUGGUAGUAGUAGUAGUAGCAGCAGCAGCAGCAAUAUUCCAGUGUCCAACAACUUGCAGUUAUAUUCUAACACUGGGAUCCCAAUGCCAAACAAGACUGCCAGUCAAGGGAUUGUAGGGCGCAGUGCUCUUCCAAGACCAUCGCUGGCCAUCAAUGGGAGUGGAAUACCCAGAAGUAAAAUUGCACAGCCAGUUCGAAGUUUUCUUCAGCCUCCAAAGCCACUUUCGUCGCUCAGUACAAUGCGGGAUGGGAACUGGAGAGACGGCUGUUAUUGA